AUGACGAUGUCGUGCACGACUUUAUUAUUGUCUCUCUAUGUAACAGGCACCAUAGAAUACCAUUUAGAGAAAGCGUUACAAAGAGCAGAGACAAACGCAGAGAGAAAAGUUAUUGGACAUCUACAAAAAUCCUUUUAUGUAGACAACUGCGUAACCAGCGUCGACUCAAAGGAGGAGUUAUUUUUAUUUAUAGAAGAAGCUAAACGAGUCAUGGCAAAAGGAAAAUUCGAUCUCCGUGGCUGGGAAUACUCAGGACAAGAAGAAGCAGAAGUAUCUACGUCGGUACUCGGCUUGAAUUGGAACAAGGAAGACGACACGCUAGGAUUAAUUCCAUCCUUGUUAGAGUUACAAACUGAUGUGAAGAUUACAAAGAGGAUUAUAUUGUCAACGGCGCAGCGAACUUUUGACCCCAUUGGCAUAUCGUCGCCUAUAUUUUUGAAACCCAAGUUACUAUUACAAGAACUCUGGUCGUAUAAAAUGGAUUGGAAUACAGAAGUACCAGAUAACAUCAAGAACGAUUUCAUCGAAUGGCAACAACAGCUCUCUUGGUUGAAGGAGCUAAGAAUACCACGUUGGGCCUUCCAACGAAACGAAGAAACAAGGAAUUUGUCCUUUCAUAUAUUCGUAGACGCAAGUCAAAAUGCGUACGCAGCUGCUGUAUUUGCACGCACGGAAGGAAUAGAAAACGUUUACGUGCAACUUCUUGUCGCUAGAUCUAGAGUGGCACCAAUAAAGAAGACAACGAUUCCUCGACUUGAACUGCUUGCGGCCACCAUUGGUGUCAGAUUAUGGCACUCUAUUAAAAGUAUUUUAAACUAA